AUGGAGCAGGACAACCUCCGGAUACCCCCUUUGGCGCUGCCUGCCGCACAGCAAACACCAGCACCAGCACCAGCAGGCAGUCCCGAUGAAAGCACCGAGAUGCACACGGCUUCUCCCGCUUCACCAGCUUCAUCCUCGCUGCAGCCCUCGCCUCUGCUGCCUCCCAACAGGGCCUAUCCCUCGCUCAAUAACAACCUCUACAUCCCACACCACGCCAGCAUACCGGACCCGUCGCUCUUCUCCCCGUCCAGCCCGCUCCAGCAGCACCCCGAGGACAGGAGUUACGACGCCGAGAAACGCAGCCGACGACACCAUAAGCACCAGAAGUCACGGCAUGAACGCGACGAGAAAUAUCUGAGGAACCCGAGCUUCCCCAUACCUGAGCAGGUCGCGGAGAUGCCCUUCCACCUGGGCAAGAAGAGAGCUCGCGCCGCUGCGGCCGAGGCGGAGGAGAGGGCAAAGGCGCAGGAGAAGCGGGAGCUUGACGAGAAAGCUCGUCGCGAUAGAGAGGCCAAGGAGAACAGGGAGGAGCUUGCGAGACGGUUCCCGUUUACCAGGACGAGAGAAGCGGUCACUCAGGCUCGUGUUGACGAGCUGCAUACGAAGAGACUCGAGGCUGAAGCAGAACUCUUCGACGAAAUUACCGAAAAGUCAGGCUCAUUCUCCAAACGAAUCGAAGACACUUGCGGCAAUCUGGUCAACGAUGCCAGUGUAAUCCGCGGCACUAUUUACAGUCUCCAACGGCUCAGUAACACCGCUUUGGCGCAGCACAGAGAAUUCCUAUACCGCACGACGGGUGUGAUGCGCAAUGCGGAAAGACAUGUACACAAUAUCAACAAAUUCGAGCGCCAGCUGCAGAGCAUUGCGUUGUUGGAGGCCCGUUUGAAGGCUACCGAGGAAGCAUCGAAGAAGCUGGACGCCAGACUCGACGUUACGCGGCAGAGAAUCCAUGCCUGGGACCGUGAAGAAGACAAGUGGCAGGCGAAAAUCAAUAGGCGUUUGAGGAUUCUUGGUGCCGCGAUUGUUUUCUUAUUUGUUGCUUGGGUCGGCAUGAAAGUCAUGGGUAAAAUGUACCCUGACUACUCCAUCUUUGGCUCCAAGGCGAACACCACCUUGCAUGGGAACUCCUCUGAAUGCUGUGUGGAGACCCUUGACAAUGCAAAGAAUGCCAUGACUACAGGCACUGCCAUUGGCGUUGCAACAGGCACUCCGACCGGCACUCCAACCACUGGCCGUGCAAGGAGCGCCUAUAAAACUCCUCUCGACUUGGACGCCUUAGAGGAGCCAUUGCAGCGGAUAAUUGAUGAACUCUAA